CCAUAAGGUCACUGCGCAUGCGCGCACCUUAUUCCGCUCAGUGCAGUGAUACUCUGCGCUCUUAGUCACUUGUUGGUGCUUUGGCCAGUAAGAAUGUCGUCGAGUCGCUCAGGGAACGACCACUGCAAGCCCAUAAACGCCUCCGGAGUGUCAAAACGACCCCGGGUAGAGUCGGGCAACAAAGUGACCGUGGUGCUCGGAGCGCAAUGGGGAGACGAAGGCAAGGGAAAAGUGGUGGACUUGUUGGCUACAGAGUCUGACAUCGUCUGCAGAUGUCAGGGAGGAAAUAACGCAGGCCACACAGUAGUGGUCGAAGGGACAGAGUAUGACUUUCAUCUCCUUCCUAGUGGUAUCAUCAACACCAAAUGUAUAUCACUCAUUGGUAACGGUGUGGUCAUUCACCUUCCGGGCCUUUUUGAAGAGAUGGACAAAAAUGAGAAGAAAGGCUUGAAAGGAUGGGAGAAAAGACUCAUCAUCUCUGAUAGAGCUCAUAUAGUUUUUGAUUUCCAUCAGGCUGUGGAUGGAAUGCAAGAAGUGCAGAGACAAGCACAGGAAGGCAAGAACAUAGGAACAACCAAGAAAGGCAUUGGACCAACAUACGCAUGCAAGGCUUCGCGAACUGGACUUCGAAUUUGUGACCUGCUAACAGAUUUUAAAGAGUUUUCUACCAAGUUCAGACAACUGGCACAGCAGUACCAGUCCAUGUAUCCAGCUCUUAAAGUGGAUGCUGAAAGUGAACUAAAAAGGCUAAAGGAUUAUGCAGAGAGAAUAAGACCCCUGGUGAGGGACGGAGUGUAUUUUAUGUAUGAUGCUAUUCAUGGACCCCUGAAGAAUAUUCUUGUGGAGGGGGCAAAUGCAGCCCUGCUAGACAUUGACUUUGGAACCUAUCCAUUCGUGACAUCAUCCAACUGCACCGUUGGUGGUGUGUGCACCGGACUUGGCAUUCCACCAGCAAACAUUGGAGAUGUGUAUGGGGUAGCAAAAGCCUACACCACUAGAGUGGGCAUUGGGGCCUUUCCAACAGAACAACUCAAUGCUGUAGGGGAGCUGUUACAGACACGAGGUCAUGAGGUUGGUGUUACAACGGGCAGGAAGAGACGUUGUGGGUGGUUGGACCUGGUCAUCCUUAGAUAUGCGCACAUGAUCAACGGCUUUACUGCAAUUGCUUUGACAAAACUGGAUAUUCUUGAUGUGCUGGAUGAGAUUAAAGUGGGUGUCGCCUACAAACUCAAUGGCAAAAGAAUUCCCCAUUUCCCAGCUAAUAUGGAGGUACUACAGAAGGUUGAAGUGGAGUAUGAGACCUUGCCUGGCUGGAAGACAGAUACCUCAGCAGCCAGGAAAUGGAAUGAUCUGCCCUCCAAAGCCCAAAACUACAUCCGCUUUGUGGAGAAUCACAUCGAUGUACCUAUUAAGUGGGUGGGUGUAGGCAAGUCCAGAGAAUGCAUGAUACAGAUGUUCUAGAGUGUCUGUCCUCAAGUAAAGUCUGGAGUCCACCAACAACAUGCAAUCCUUCCAGGAAAUCCAUGACAAUUGUAGGAAUGUGACAGCAAAUGGAUUAGUGUUCACAUAUGCUGUGUUUAGAUACAAGACUUAUUGUCAGGACACGUGGAAUUUGCUCAGUAGCUGACAGUGAAAAUAAAUAAAUAUUACUAAUUGUUAAUAAAUGAAUAAACAAGAUCUGUAACUUGAUAACAGGUUAUGUCAUAUUGUGCAAUUUCUUCUAUCUCAGUCAAAGUUAUAGCCAUUACAGGAGAAUAGCAAACACUAAUUUUCUCUUUAAUGUGACUUGAAAAAUGUCCUCCUAUUAUGGCAUAUAUUACUCCAUAAACAACCUCAGGAAUACAUUUAUGCAUUUUUGCUUAGAAUGGUUUUGUUGAGAUUUUCUGUGCUUUUGUGUUUUCUGUUCAUUUUCCUGGCAUUGCAGUCUCUUUAAUACGUGUUUUAAUCUUUUUUUUUUUUUAUGUCAGAUAAAAAGGUGGGCAGAAUAUCAGUUAGGCUGCUGCAGAAAUAGAUACAAAUACAGAACAUUCUGUUCUUCUAUCCUUUGCCAAGCUUGUGCUGCAACUGGGCCUAAUGGUGGCAGUAAAACCCCAGACAAACCCAAAGACUGUCUGAACAUCAAGUCCAAAACAACAACCCUAGUGGGACUUUUGUGGAAUAAAUGAUAGAGGAAAAUGCACCAAAAUAAAACAGCAAUAUUUGGACAAAA